AUGCACCAGCAGAACGGCGACCGCUCAUGCGCUAACGAAGCCAUCGGCGGAGCCCACUACGGCCCCGUUCUGGUCUACAUGUCCAAGGUUGCAGACGCAUCCACAGCGGAUGGUUCGACCCCCUUCUUCAAGGUCUUCCAGGAUACAUGGGCGAAGAACAGCGGUGGCGGUGGCGGUUCGGAUGAUUACUGGGGUACUAAGGAUCUGAACAAGAACUGUGGAAAGAUGGAUGUGAAGAUUCCCACCAACCUGGCCCCUGGAGAUUAUCUACUGAGAGCGGAGGCUAUUGCGCUACAUGCUGCAGGUAGUGCCAACGGCGCCCAAUUCUACAUCACCUGCUACCAGAUCACUGUCACUGGUAGUGGAUCUUCUUCACCCGCUGGCGUAUCGUUCCCUGGAGCAUACAAGGCUACCGACCCCGGUAUCCAAAUCAACAUCUACCAGAACCUCGCUUCGUACGUCGCUCCCGGUCCGGCAGUCAUCGCGGGUGGUACAGAAGCCGUUGCUGGUAGUGCUGGAUCAGCUGUCACUGCUACUGGUGGAGCGCCAGUUGCUACAGCUACUGCAACCACGAUGAGGACGUCAGCGGUAGUCACCUCUGCCGCCGCUGUGCCAACGAAUGGAGGUGGUUCUGGCGCUUGCUCUGUUACAAGGUGCUUCAGGACUUACCUGCAAGGCCGGAGGUGA